UUCGUUCUGCAAAAGAGAUUUACAAUGUGGAGUGCGUGGGGCGCUCUGCCCUUCCGCAUCAAAGUCGGGCCUCAGAGGGCCCCCUCGCCACCUGUGACUGGUUCCGGCCCCAGGUACCACAUCGACAGUCGAGAUCUUAGAAAAAUCCACAAAGCUGCGGUCACGGGGAAUGUGGAAAAACUGGAGCAGAUCCUGUAUUUUGGUUUAAAAGGCCCAGAUAAAAGGGACAAGAGGAACAGGACUGCUCUCCACUUGGCCUGUGCCUGUGGCCAUGCAGAUGUGGUGUAUCUCCUGAUAGACCAGAGAUGCCGGCUCAACCUCCAGGACGAUGAAAACAGGACAGCUCUAAUGAAGGCUGUACAAUGCCAAGAAGAGGAAUGUGCAACUAUUCUGCUGGAACAUCGUGCUGAUCCAAAUAUUACGGACAACGAGGGCAACACCGCUCUCCAUUAUGCGGUCUCUGCAGAGAACAUCUCCAUAGUAAAGAAGCUGCUUUUAUACAAAGCAGAUAUAGAGGCCAAAAACAAGGAUGGCCUCACACCGCUUUUAAUUGCUGUAAAUAACAACAAAGAGGACAUGGUGGCAUUUUUAGUAGAAAAAGGAGCAAAUGUAAAUGUAGUUGACAACGCUAAAAGGUCUGCUCUCCACUUGGCCUGUGCCAAUGGCCAUGUAGAUAUGGUGAAACUCCUGAUAGACCGGAAAUGCCAGGUCAACCUCUGUGAUGAAGAAAACAGGACAGCUCUUAUGCAGGCUAUAAAGUGCCAAGAAGAGGAAUGUGCAACUAUUGUGCUGGAACAUGGUGCUGAUCCAAAUAUUAUGGACAACGAGGGCAACACCGCUCUCCAUUAUACGACUUUAGUGGAAAACCUCUCAAUGGCAGAGAAGCUGUUUUUACACAAAGCAGAUAAAGAGGCCAAAAACAAGGAUGGCUUCACACCACUUUUACUUGCUGCAAAUGAGAACAAAGAGGACAUGGCGACAAUUUUAGUAGAAGAAGAAGCAAAUGUAAAUGUAGUUGACAACGCUAAAAGGUCUGCUCUCCACUUGGCCUGUGCCAAUGGCCAUGUAUAUAUUGUGCGUCUCCUGAUGUAUUUGAAAUGCGAGCUCAACCUCCGUGAUGAAGAAAACAGGACAGCUCUAAUGAAGGCUAUAGAAUGCCAACAAAAGGAAUGUGCAAGUAUUGUGCUGGGACAGGGUGCUGAUCCAAAUAUUACGGACGACAAGGGCAACACCGCUCUCCAUUAUGCGGUGUUCGAGGAGAAUUUCUCAAUAGUAGAGGAGCUGCUUUUACACAAAGCAGAUAUAGAGGCCAAAAACAAGGAUGACCUCACACCAGUUUUAGUUGCUCUAAAUGAAAACAAAGAGCAAAUGGUGAAAUUUUUAGUAGGAAAAGGAGCAAGUCUACCUGCAGGGGAUAAGGUUAUAAGCAAUGACCAACUAAUUUCUGAACAUGAAGAAGAAAUGAAACCCGAAAAUUCUUCAGAGAAUCAUGAUCUAGUGGCUGAGAAGUCUGAAGAAGACUCCGUAAGCAGUCUUUCUGAUAAAGCUGAUAUUGAUAAUUCAUGGCCUUCAUCAAUUGAAGACUUAAGUCCUCGUACCAAGACUGUCCCGCAACUAAACUUAAGAGAGCAGAUGGCUGCUUUUCUGCGAGCCAGGGGAGCAGACUAUGCCAUUUUGAGCCAAGAAUGUAGACUUUUAUUUGCUGACAAUUUUGCAAGUGAAGAUAAGACUGAAACUCUUUUGAAACCAUCAGUCAAUGUCUCUGACUAUUCUCCUCUUGCUUUUGUAUCACCUGAAACUCCUCAAACAUCUUUAGCAAUGCGUGAUGUUACAAAGGAAGGAACAAUGAAGCCGGCAAGUGGUAAAAAGGACAAUGGUGUUGAUAUUAUUGAAAGUGCUCCACAAGAGCAAGCAGUUAAUGACAAUUUGACUUCUGCUGAUAGAGCACACAAAAAUAAUACGAGUGAUAGGAUGUCAGCUUUAGGAGAAGAAGAUAGUUCACCUUGGGAUUCUGAGAGUAUUUCUGCAAGAUUUCCAAAGAAAUCUGUUGAUUGUUUACCUGGAGCUGCAGAUCAACAAGGGCAAAGUAUAUUCAAUGAACAAGUAGAAGAUUCCCCUGGAAAAGAUCUUCACUGGGAGUCGACCGCUAAAGUGAAAGAUUCUGUUCCUAAUGAAGGAGUAGCAACGAGUGAUAAGCAAACAUCCAUGUCAGAUUUGUCAUCAGAACCAGACUUAGAAGUGGCAUCAGAGCAAGAGCAAGAGCAAGAAAGGCCUGAUGAAAGUGAAAAUAACCACCCCCAGGAUAAAGUUAUUUCACAAACGUGUAUCCUGGCUGAAAAGACAUCUGAAAGCCAAACCAAGCAAAUUAACUUUCCACUUGUGCAACUGCAAGAUAUGGCUCGAGAACCAGAAAUGCAUAUGGAAUGUGAUAGACAGGAUGAUAGAUCUGUACAUUCAGAACAUCUUCGUGCACACAAGAAGUAUGAGGAGAUAUGGAAGAAACAAGGCAAAUUAGAGUGGAAAAAUAAUGUAAAGCUCAUGAGCAGAGAGUUAACUCAGGAGAUUGGUAAAACUUGUGAAAAGUACCAAAUUAUUACUCAUCCUAACGUAGAGCCACUACAUGGUAAUUCUAAAGAAGCAGACUCAAAGGAAAUAGCUCCGCAAUUGACAAAAGUUACACUUGAUUGUGAGGAAAAAGAUGAAUUUGGAGUGUCUGUCUUUGUAGUACCUCAGGCCUUUCCUGAACAAAAAGAGCCUCGUCUCGAAAAUGCUGUUCUCUCUCAUUCAUACUCUGGGUCUCCAGACUAUGCUUGCCAGUCAUCUUCUAAGCUUUCUUUCCAUGAAGAUGAUAACAAACCAGGUGAGCAUGUUUUUAACAAAAAUGAGAGUCUUGAUAACGAUACAGAAGAUAAAAAAGUAAGGAACCCACUUGUUACAUUUGAAGUGAAAGAAGACCAAGAGUUUGACCUGCAGAUGGCCAAAAGUUUGAACCAAAAUACCACUAAUAGUAAAUUAGACACUGGCUAUAUCCCUCCGUAUAGUGACCCAGAAAGCCUUUUUGAUUUGCAGCUUGCCCACUCCAAUGUGGUGAAACAAAUGAUUCAGAAGAAAAGGCAUGAUACUUCUGCUAUUACAAACACUUACAAGAAAACAAAACCAACACGAGACUCUUUCCAGAAGCCAUUAUAUGCAGAUAAUGACAGUACUUAUAACUAUAAAAGUAUGGAACCUGCAUUAGAAAUUGUGAGUUCUUCACCACGUCCUUUCAGAACAUCAGAAGUACAUCAAAAAGAAGAAUUACAGCAAGAUAAGCAAAAUCUGCAAAGGUUUAAGAAUGAGAAAGGCAUGUUACAAGUAGAACUCCUGGCUUUGGAAAAAGAGAAAGUUGAACUUCAAAAAGAGCUUGCUGCUGCUCCCCUUGCUGCUGCUCGUGCUCCUCCUGCUGCUCCUCCUGCUGCUCCUGCUGCUACUGCUGCUCCUCCUGCUGCUCCUGCUCCUUGUGCUGCUGCUCCUGCUGCUCCUGCUGCUCCUCCUGCUGCUCCUGCUGCUCCUCGUGCUGCUGCUCCUGCUCCUGCUCCUCCUGCUACUGCUCCUGCUGCUGCUGCUUCUCCUCCUGCUCCUGCUGCUCUUGCUGCUCCUCCUGCUCCUGCUGCUGCUGCUGCUCCUCCUGCUGCUCCUGCUGCUGGACUAAUUCAACAAAGAAAGAGUGGAAAAACUGAUAACCACCUGUUUCCUACUACGCAGAAUGAAGAUUCUGAUAGUAAUGAUCCUGGUUUGUCUAUCAUGGAAAUAAAGAAAGAUAAAAAUGUAAAGUGGACUUUAAAAUCAUCUAUGAUUACACCAGGCUUUGAGAAGGCCGAUUCCCUAACUGGUAGUCUACUACGAGUGAGUAAUGACAACAAUCUAAGUGAAAUGGAUCAGGAUGAAAGAAGACCUGCAAAGAAAACAUCUAAGGAAAAGAACAAGGUCAAAAAGCAAGUGAAUUCUGUGGAACACCUUGAUGGCUUAACUCAGUCAUCUGAAGCAGCUUCAGAGCAUUGCAUGUUGCAAUACUCCGAUUAUAAGAGUUCCCUGUUGCCCAUUGGACAACUUGACAUGGAUUGUAAAGAUUCUGUUAGCAUAUUGACAACCCAGGAUGCAAUUUUUAAAUACAGAAGAUUAAUAGAAUUAAAAACAAAGGACUGUGAACAACUUAUAAGAAAAAUUUUAAAAAUGGAAUAUAAGGUCAAUGGACUACAAAAGGAACUAUCAGAAGCAAAAGAAAUGAAAUCUCAGUUAGAGCAUCAAAAAGUGGAAUGGGAACGAGAACUCUACAGUUUAAGGGAGCAAUUAAGAAGUAAAGAAGAGCAACAUAGUAAAGAAGUUGAAAUGAAACAACAACUUAAUCUUAGAAGACGAAACUUGGAAUUGAAGAGUGGAAAAAGUAAUUGGAGUCAGGUUUCUCCUCCUCAUGAAAAAGAAAAAGGUCUGUUACAUGAAAACCGCAUGUUGCAAGAUGAAAUUGCCGCGCUAAGACUGGAAAUAGACACAAUAAGGAAUCAGAAGCAGGAAAAGGAAAAGAAAUAUUGUGAAGACACUGAAAUUGAAAAAGAAAAGAAUGACAGUCUUCAAAACGCCAUAAAAUUGAAUGACGUAACAUUAAACAAUACAGUAUUCCAAUCUAGUGGGCAGCUGAAUGUUGUGACACCUGAGAAUACCAUGCUGAACUCUAAACUGCAGGAUGAAAGGCUAAACAGAGAAAGACUGGAAGCAAAACUUCAGUCAUACCGAGCUAGACUCACUACAGCUGUACAGGAUCACGAUCAAAGUCAGGCAUCAAAAAGAGACCUAGAACUUGCUUUCCAGAGAGCAAAAGAUGAGUGGUGUCAUUUACAGGGCAAAAUGAACUUUGAGAUGUCUAACCUAAAAGAUAACAAUGAGGUGCUUUCUCAGCAACUUUCUGAAGCCAAAAGUAAAUUCAAUACCCUAGAAAUUGAGCUCCAGUAUCAAAGAGAUGCUCUCAGAGAAAAGACUUUGGCUUUAGAACAUGUACAAGGAAACCUAAAACAAACACAGGACCAGAAGAUGGAAAUUGAGCAGAAAUCUCAAAAUGAACAAGAUAAAGUGAAUAAGUACAUUGGAAAGCACAAAUCCUUAGAAGAGAGAUUAUCUCAACCACAAAGUGAAAAUACGUUGCUCCGAGAGCAACUAGAUGAUGGCUACAGCAGAGUGGAGUGUAAAGAAAAGACUAGAAUUGAUCUCAAAGACCAGGUUCAGGUUAUUGUAAGAACUCUUCAAGCUGAAAGAGAAAAACAAAGUCUUAUACUGCAAGAAAGAAAUAAGGAGUUAAUCAACGAGUGGAAGCAUUUAAUAGAAAGAAUAUAUACGUAUAAAAAGGAGAAAGAAGGAAGAGAAGUACAAGAAGCAGAGGAUCAACAUACAAAGAUUGUAAGAUGUAUUGAGAAGUCGCGAGAUCACGAGAAAAAGCUUGAAGUUGAAAAUGCCAAGUUAAAAGUUACAAUCAAGGAGCAAGCAGGCGAAAUUGAACAGCUUCAGAAAGACCUGUUAAGUUCAAGUUCGUGUGGUGAUGAAAAGGAAAACCUAAAGAAAUGUAUGGAGUUGACACAGUCUUUGCAGUUCAGGUUGGAUCAAGAAGUGAAGAAAAAUGAGGAAUUAGAAAAAGAGAAUACUGGAUGCAGGAGCUGAAGAAAAUAUAACUAGAGAACUAAAAGAAGCUGCUCGUGAAUUAGAAUCAGGAUUCUGUAGAUCCUCUCCUUUAGGACCUACUGAUGAAUCAAAUGUAAAUCAAGAUCUAGUACUGCAAGCAUGACGAGAAUAUGGAGAGAUUUUGAAUAAAAAGUAUAUGAUCUGAAAGAUACAUAGUAAAAGUUUAUCACCUAGAUGUUUAAUAAAACAUUUUAAUUGUUUCCCAGUAAAUGUCUGUUGUACAAAAAAUCUUUAUUAAAGGAAAUUUUGCUAUA